CCCGCGGCCCAGCCGGGGCCGUGACCGUGACCCGCCGCCGGCCGAGGGAGCGGCUCCGGCAGGAAGGCAGCGGAGCGGCCCGGUCACCCAGCCGCAGCCAUGAGCUCGGCCCGGGAGUCCCAGGGCCACCACGGCCUCAAGCGAGCGGCCUCCCCCGAUGGCUCCGGCAGCUGGGAGGCGGCGGACCUCGGCAACGAGGAGCGGAAGCAGAAGUUCCUGCGGCUGAUGGGCGCUGGGAAGAAAGAACAUACUGGCCGCCUUGUUAUCGGAGACCACAGAUCAACCUCUCACUUCAGGACAGGGGAAGAAGACAAGAAAAUGAAUGAAGAACUGGAGUCUCAGUACCAACAGAGCAUGGACAGCACGAUGUCUGGACGAAACCGGCGCCAUUGCGGCCUUGGUUUCAGUGAGUUUCAGGAAGGAGAAGAACAAGAAGAGGCAGCUGGACACUCCUCUGAAGAGAGUUCAGAGGACUCUGAAAGUGGCUCUGAGUCAGAGCAAGAGGAGUCUGCAGAGGAGCUACAAGCUGCUGAAAAACAUGAUGAAGCUGAGGUUCCAGAAAACAAAAAAGAAGCAAAAAGCAACUAUAAAAUGAUGUUUGUUAAAGCCAGUGGUUCAUAACUGCAGAUGUAACAGCUUUGUAUUUGAAGUACAGUAAGCCUUAUUGUUACAGUGCAAAGUGGAGGACUGCUACAGCACAAAUCUUUGUAUUAUGAUUUUAAAAAGACCCUGUUAGAUGACAAAAAGUAGUAUCUGCUUUCAGUUGCCAUGGAUAACAUUUUUAUGGGCACAGUGAUAUUACUGGUUUUUGUAAAGUGUAUAAAAUACUGGAUGGAGAAAUAAAUUCUUUUUGUUCCUG